AAAUGUGGCGCAGGGCUGACGUAGUUACGCACCUCAGAGACCUCACGCUGAACCUUCUUUCGCUUUCUCAAGUUGUCAGGAAAAGAAGCUCGGAAGAAUUAAGAUCGAUCCACUUUUGUGCAUUAGCUAAGCUGUCAAAGCACAUAACACGAAUCCGAGUAUGGCCGCUGGAGAACCUGCUGAGCCAAGUGAACUUGGAGCUGAAACUGAGGAAGCGACGCUGACGGGAGACCAAACAGACGCCAAACCUGACCGCAGAGGAAGAUUUCUUCUGUUCGGGAGUAAGAAGAAUAAGGAUGGCCAGACGCGGGAGCAGGACUACUCUUCUGAAAGCCAUUACAGAAUUGUUUCACCAACAUUCCAGUAUAAGAUGAGCCACCAGCGAGUGGGCAAGUGCAUCAUCAUCAACAACAAAAACUUUGAUGAAAAGACAGGGAUGAAUGUACGCAACGGCACAGACCGAGAUGCAGGUGAGCUGUUCAAAUGCUUCAAGAGCCUGGGCUUCGAUGUCUUCAUCUACAACGAUCAGACAUGUGAGAAGAUGGAGCGUCUUCUCAGAGAGGCCUCGGAGGAAGACCAUAGUGACAGCUCGUGUUUCGCCUGUAUCCUGCUAAGCCAUGGUGAGGAGGGCAUGAUCUACGGAACAGACGGAGCCAUGCCCAUCAAGUCCAUGACCUCAUUGUUCAGGGGGGACAUGUGCAAAAGCUUAGUCGGAAAGCCAAAACUCUUCUUCAUCCAGGCUUGCCGGGGUUCCGAAUUUGAUGAUGGUAUACAGACAGAUUCGGGUCCGCCAAACGAUACCCUGGAGACAGAUGCUAAUCCAAGACAUAAGAUCCCUGUAGAGGCAGAUUUCCUCUUUGCCUACUCCACUGUGCCAGGGUAUUACUCAUGGAGGAACCCUGGACGCGGCUCCUGGUUUGUCCAGGCGCUCUGCAACGUCCUCAACGAGUUCGGCAAACAGCUGGAGAUAAUGCAGAUCCUGACACGGGUCAACUACAUGGUGGCCACCAGCUUUGAGUCCUGGUCUGAGGACCCACGCUUCAGUGAGAAAAAGCAGAUUCCCUGCGUAGUCUCUAUGCUGACGAAAGAACUGUAUUUCAACUGACCGCCAACCUAACUGACUGUACUGUAUGACAACACGGACUGACUGACUGACUGACUGACUGACUGACCGACUGACUGUUUCAGGUGCCGACUAAGCGGUCAAAGCAUUCAGGGAUGAUUCAGGCCCAGCAGGACACUGCACAUUUGGAGCACAUAUGACAUUUUUGCAUGUGUAGUUGGGCCCGAAAACAAGCACUCCGUGAGAGAAAAAUAUAUAUAUUUACAGUGGCACUCCACGUUCAUGUGCUGAUGGUGAAACUUCUUCCUCUUCUUCAGGUUAUUCUUCGGAAUAAUGGCGUCACAUUUAAUCUGAUCUUUUUUUGACAGGCAUGUGAAAUAUCUAUGUUAUUCCACCAGCCCGGAAAAUUUACUGCCAGUUUUUGUGGGUUUGGGGGAAUCAUAUCUGAAUGUGUCUCUCCAUUUUCCAGCAUUUGCAAUAGAUGUUGAAGGGAACUUUAUAGAGUGGACAGGAGUCUUCAGGCUAAAUGUGGCUUUUGCAUUUAUUACAUGAAAUGGGUUUUAUAAUAAAUAAUUCAUGAUUUAGUGUUCUGAGAGAAGUAGAUGGUGUACAGUGUACAAUACUGUCACCAUUACACAGUAAAAUGAAUUGGAAACCAGGUGACAGUUGAAUGUUUUAAAAGCCUUUAGAAAGUCUAUAGAAAUUCCCACUAGGAAAGUGAAUAGAGUGAAACAAACAUCUUUGAUUGCCAGAGAGAUGGUGGAGCUGCCUUAAUUACAAACCCUGUCUGAUUGAAUUGUUAGAGGGAGGGGGAAAAAGCAUCUGGAAAAUGGAUCAGAUCAUUUUCAGCUAUCUGUGUUUUAAUGUUUUCAGCUGUUAAUUGUAAAAGAAAGAGAGACAACAGGAAAGACAACACUCCUCUGAGCAAAAACAUGCAACAAUGCUUUUGCCAAAGGCCCAGUGUCUCAGCCUUCCUAGCAAGUUUAAGUUGGUAGCAGCAUGCUGGCAUCCUCAGGUUCUUUAAUGUCCCAUGAAGUGGGUUAAUGUAAUGUUAAAGAAUGUCAUAUACGUAUGGCUAGGAAGGUGUGAUCUUUUGCUGUGUAGUGAUUAGUUCUAUGAGAUUUUGAGUCAAGUGCAUAGUAUAUAGUCCAAGGAUUAUUUGCAAUUUCCCAGUUUACUCAGCCUGAUGUUAAAGACUUCACUUGCUUGGUGUUUACCCUGGGUAAGUGAAGUUUGUGUAUUUGCAUAUAAUCAAAAUUACAGUACGCACUUGUCUAAUUAGUCAGGGUCCAAAAAUUCAGUUUAUGAAUUUCCCUUUUUUUGGUAAGACAUUCGUCUUUAAUAACUUUAAUGGAUAUAAGGAUGCAUGCGUAAGAUUUCUAUACUAGAGAGAGAACUUAAGAAUGUCAAAAACUGUGUCAUAAAUUUGGGAAAUAUCAUAGUGUAAAGCUGGACCAGGGCCCAAAGCACAAAUGCCACAUUUCACUGUAUAUUACUGUUGUAUAUUGUCGAAUCAUACACUACACUCUGGUAAGAGGUACCCAGCGAAGUCUUUUUAUUUUUUUAAAUUUUUUUUAUUGAUCUUUGAUUUAGAUAAAUUUAGUUAUUUUUAAGCACUUAGUGCACCUUGUCAAGUUUUUUUUUUUUCAAACAAUAUUGCAUAAUUUAAUGAAUUCAUCAAUAUCAUUGAGGUAUAUGAUAAAAUAUUUAAUAAAAUAGACAUUUGCUGAUGGUCAUUACAACUUACACAAAGUUUGUUUCUGCAAAUACGCUGUGUUAUUGUGCCAAAGUCUGUCAAUCACAGAGGCAGCUAUUACUGGUGGUGACAAGUCUGAACAUACACAAUCCACACUCUCAUUGUUGCUGCAAUGUUUUUACAUUAUUCACAUGAUAGCAUGUGUCACUAACUUUGGGGAAAACGUCAGCAAUAGCUUUGAUUAUAUUUUCCCCUUUUCACUCCUUGUAUUUUUUUUUUUUUAUCAGUUGUUUUUUGUGACACUUUUACAUCAUAAUUCUAGUUGCCAGAAGUGUGUUCAAUACUGGCUAAAGUUAGAGACAUGUCCCAUUCUACACCCAGUGCACUUGUCCAAUAUAGCCACAACUCGACACAUGGAUCUCUGAUCAGUGAUGUGGUGCCCAGCCUGUGCUGAAAGGAGUGUUUGCUCCACUUGUUUUGGAUUGGAAUUGAAGGAGGGAAAAAUACUUUUAAGGGUAAAUUUUAAAUGCUUUCCAGUGUUAAAUGCUGUUGUCCUCAGGAAUAUAUUUGAAAAGAUUUGGAAAAAUGAAUGAAUUACAUUAUAAGUAUAAUCUGGCCCAAUUUUCUUUUUAAUUUGGGGCAAUACCUUGUUUAAAUAACUUCAAAACAGAGGAAUGCUCAUGUAAACAUUUUAUUGUAUUAAACAUAAAGAAUUUAUUCUGUAA